AUGAAAGUGGAAGCGCCGGUCCAUAAAGUCAACAUUCAGCAGGUGGAAAACAGGAUCACCUGCAGCUCAGAGGGGAUCUACCCUGAGCCUCAGCUCACCUGGUCCACCAACCCUCCAUCCAGUGUGAUCCUCCAGAACAAAACCACAGUCCAGCAGACUGAACAGCAGCUUUACAAUAUCAACAGUUAUCUGAUAGUUUCAGAAAGUGCUCCUGACCUUGUCUACAGCUGCACUGUCAGCACUCGCAGAAACUGGAGGAGAGCCAGUUUGUUCAAACCUACUUCUAUCAAUAGUUCAGACUCUAAAACAACAAUCCCCUGCACUGCCUCAAACACUCCACUAUCAGACCUCAUCUGGAGGUUCAACCACAGUCAGAUCAUCCUGAAACAGACCAGGGCCAACGUCCCCUACACAGUGUCAGAGGAGUGGAGGCAGCAUGUGAAGAGUGUGUCUGAGUCAGGCAACCUCACACUGCAGGACGUGUCUUCAGAUCAGGAUGGGAUAUACACCUGUGAGCUCAGUGAUGAUAAGGAGACAUACGUAACCAACACCUUUCUGAGGAUAAAGAAAGGUCAAGGUCAAGGCACUGGUCUUGUUGCAGGCAUUGUAGUUGGUGUACUGCUUUUAGUCAUUUUGGCUGUACUAGGCUUUCUGCUCUACAAGAAAUAUAAAAAACCAAACUUUGGACAGUCGGAAAAUACUGGAAAAAGUCAAGAGGAGGACGAACUAUCAGGCGUCAAAGUACCCAUAAACACCUCUGGUCAAACUGAAGAAAGUGCAGGAUAUGAAUGAACAUGAGCCAUCACACAUUAACAGAGAGGCAAAUGGACCUCUCUAUCGGGGACUGAAGGAUUAAACGACACUUGGAUACACUGAUGUGGACACGGACUUUGUGUCCUCCAGUAUCUCAGGGAAGGAUUUCCUUUGUUGUGUCUCCUUCACUGGAAAUUUGAGGUAGCAAAGCCAAAACAGUGGCUGAAAUAAGUCUGGAUAUCAGUUUAACUGAAGUUCUUUGUUUUAUAGAAUGUUUCGCAAACAUCUUUAUUCAGACUGAUAAAUGAAGUACAAGGACACUUUGACUUUGACUCUGCACUACACUGUUUCUAUGCUAUGGUACAAAUGUUUAAUUUAUGUAUUAUGUGGGAGACUUUGGACCGUGAAGUACAGCCUGCUGUUCCUCCUCUACCUCACAUCCUUGUGCUCCACACUCGCACAAAAUAGAAAAGAAGUAAUUUUUAAAAAAGCGGUUGUGCGUGCACGAAGAAGAGAAAAAGCGACUCACGCAGAGAAAAGGAAGUAUUGUGAUCCUAUGAUUUGUCUAUAAAAAAUCACAAGUUAUUUAUAUAAAUGGUAAAGUCAUCCUGACUAACUGUUUGUCACGUAAGCUGGUUUUCCAGAGCUCAAUCAUCAGUGCCAUUUGGAAAUCCUAAGGAACGAAAACAUGACGAUUCUUAUUGUCAGGUGAUUAUACACUAAAGAAAACAUACUUAUUAUAUUAUAUUAUAUUCCAUAUCUGCUAUUAUAUAUCCCCCUUAAAUCCUACACACUGGACCUUUUAAUGUUUUGUAAACUGAACAAGAGUGAUUCAGAGUUAAACAUCCAAGUAGCCCAUGAUUGUUCUGAAUCUUGGUACAAAUAUGAAGGAUUUAAGACAUUUUCUGUCACAUCUACAUUAUUGCAGGUGUGAUCAUGAUUUAAUAUGUGGUACAAUUAAAAAGAAACUGUUUUGUGGUUUUUA